AUGGCCUUCAACACUUCCAACCUCUACCUAAUUCUCACUGCUCUCCUUGCCCUCACCAUGCCGUUCUUGGCUUCUGCUUAUCCACCCUUGGUGACCAACAACCCAACCGGGUUGAAUCCGAGCCUGGCAGCUAGGUUGAAUUUGGAUGCAGAAUCCUCCAACUGCUGGGAUUCUUUGCUUCAGCUCCAGUCAUGUAGCGGUGAGGCUAUAAUGUUCUUCUUGAAUGGCGAGACUACUUUGAGUGAUGGAUGUUGCGAGGCUAUUCGGGUCAUCGAGCACCAGUGUUGGCCUGCCUUGCUCGGUUCGCUAGGGUUUACCACCCAAGAGACUGAUAUUCUCAAAGGUUACUGCGACGAGACUGAGCAAACUCAUCACCAUUCUCCUCCUUCCAUACCAUCACCGUCGUCCGUUUUUCAUCCUAAUGGAGCGGCAGUUCGUGUUCCUUAUCAGGCUGAGAUGGCUCCUUGA